AUGAGUUACUGGCCAGAACCGUUGCCCGUCAAACUGGAGUUCCGUAAAGGUGUGAUGCAUGUUCUCCCGGUGAUUGAUGACCGAAACGGUCAAUCACUGGAUGGUGUGGGCGAACCACUGGAAUUUGUGGUGCCCAGUCUGGCGGCUUAUAUGAAUGAUUACGAGGUCAUCCGUGCGUUCGUCGCUGAUGGUCCAUUGAAAUCCUUCUGCUAUCGUCGACUCACCUAUCUGGGUUCAAAAUUCUUGUUGCACUCACUGCUAAACGAGUCCCGCGAAUCGCUGGAACAGAAACGUGUACCGCAUCGCGAUUUUUACAACAUUCGCAAGGUGGAUACACAUCUUCACGCGGCAUCAUGUAUGAAUCAGAAACAUCUGUUGCGAUUUAUCAAGAAGACCAUUCGAACCAAGGCGGAUGUGUUGGUCUGUGAAGAUCACGUGACAAAAAAACCAAUGACGUUGCAAGAGGUGGGUGUACGUACAACUGUCCCUCAAUCGGUUCACAACAAUUCCUUUUUCUAG